AUGUCUCAGAGACAUUUUCAACGUUUUGUUAAGUCCAAAGUUAGUGACACAAGAAAAACGAAUAAUUUAAGUAUAUUGCAUUCUUCAAGUUCAACAGAUUCAUCUUUAACAUAUAAAUCAGUUCAACAAGUUCAAGAAAAUGCCUCAACUUCAGAAAUAAAUACUAGUAAUGAUAAUAUUUUAAUUAAUACAUUUUUUCCACCAGAUAAUAAUAUUAUCUUACCAAUUGAUAUUGAUCUCAAUUUUGAUGAAAACCAUAUUAUGUCAAAUAAAAAAAAAACCCUAACAACUAAAUUAUCUGAAUUAGCUGCAAAAUACAAUGUUUCUCACAAUUGUAUGAAUGACAUACUAUCAAUAUUUCGGUCAGAAGGCCAUGAUGUUCCAAAAGAUAUUAGAACGUUAUUAAAUACUCCUAAAAAAUAUAAUAUUAUAUCAGUAGAUCCAGGUUCUUAUAUUCAUCUCGGUAUAGACUUUAUGUUUAGAUCGAUUCUCAAGACUUAUAAGAAUUGUUUCAACAAUGCAGAAGUUAUGAUUGAAUUAGGCUUAAACAUUGAUGGUCUUCCAAUUGCUAAAGCUUCAAAAAGUGUAUUUUGGCCAAUUUUAUUGUCUAUUGUUAAUAUACCUUGUAUGUCAAAACUAGUUAUUCCUAUUGGUAUUUAUUACAGUAAUAAAAAAAAACCCCAUUCUAUAGAAACUUUUUUAACACCUUUUAUUGAUGAACUUCAACUAAUUUUAAAUGAUGGUAUUCAAAUAGAAAAAAUACAUUUUUGUUUUGCGUUAGUUCAAGUGAUUUGCGAUGCUCCGGCGAAAGCCUUUAUAUUAAACGUUAAAGGUCACAAUGCUUAUUUUGGCUGUAAUAUGUGCACUGAAGAGGGUUCUUAUGAAGGUCGAAUGACAUAUUUGGGAGUGAAUUCGUCAUUGCGAACAGAUAAUAGUUUUCGUCUAAAAAAUGAUGAAGAUUAUCAUAAAGGAUUUUCACCUUUGGAACGCUUACCAAUUGAUAUGGUAUCAACUGUUACAUUAGAUUACAUGCAUGUUGUCUGUCUUGGAGUGGUAAAAAAACUUAUUAAGUUUUGGGUUAAGGGAAAGAAACCAAAUAGAAUUGUCCAAAUAAAUUUAGAUGAUAUAAAUUCUAGUAUCGAAAAUGUACGACAAUAUAUUCCUUCUGAUUUCGUUCGUUUGCCUAGACCUUUAGUUGAUUUUGAUUACUGGAAAGCAACUGAAUUCCGUACAUUUGUUCUGUACACAGGGCCAAUAGUUUUAAAAGGCAAGUUAAAAAAAUCCUUAUAUUCCCAUUUCAUGCUAUUGCACUGUGCUAUUCGACUUUUUAUAAGUCACAAUACUUGUUAUUUAUUUAAUGAUGAAGCAAAAGUAUUAUUAACUAAAUUUGUUAUUGAUUAUCCUAUUCAUUAUGGUGCUGAGUUUGUGAACUAUAAUGUUCAUAAUUUGAUUCAUUUACCUGAUUGUGUAAAAUUGCAUGGACCUCUUGAUAAAUUCAGUGCCUUCAAAUUUGAAAACUUUUUGCAAGACAUAAAAAAAAAACUAAAGAAUUCGAGGUUUCCUUUACAAGAAGCUUGUAAUCGAAUUAUUGAACAACAAAAUAUAAAUAAUUCUCAAGUUAUCAUAUCACUAGAUAGUUCUCCAAUUUUUAAAAAUGAAAUUCCAAUGCAACAAUCAGUAUUUAAUCCUUUUUUUACAUAUUAUAAGGAAGUAAAAGUAAAUAGCAGUGUAUUCAAUUGUAAUAAAGUAAAAGACAAAUAUAUUAUGUUAACUUGUAAUACAAUUUCCGAAAUAAAACAAAUUAUAAAAACUUCCGACGAACAAUUAUUGUUUAAUAUUUGUAAAUUCAAUCAUAUUUCUCCAUUGUAUUUAACCCCUGUAGACUCAAAUAAAACUACUAUGUUUUUUGUAAAUACUCUUAAUGUAUCUGAACCUGUUAAUAUUAACUUGUCUGAUAUAGCAUUCAAAUGUUUUUUUAUCAAAAUAUCAGAAUCUAAAGCUAUUGCUAUGACAUUAUUACACUCCUUUGAGUAA